UGCUAUCAAAUGGAAAGCACCGAUUGAUAAAUAAUAUCUGUGCAUCCUGGCUACGUUUCUGAACGCAGUCCUGUGCAAACGCAGGAUCUGGCAUCUGGCAGGAUCGAAUGAAAAUGGCCGUGACAGUCGCGUAGACGCAGAGAGGGGCCUUUUAUUUUAUCUUCGAGAAGGCAAAAUUGUUUGAUUGUAUAUCUCGAACUGGUACGAGUACGGCGACGAAAGUUCCUCUUGAAUCUCGGAAAGUGAUCGCAAGUGUGUUGUGUGAGUCAAAAUGACCGAAGAAGCGCAACAAUCCGAGAGUACUGCGCAAAACGACAGCUGUUCGGUGCAGAACGACACGCAGACCAAUUCGUCGGAAGUCGGAAAAACUAAGGAUAAUAAAAAAGAAAAAUGUCGUCCCAUAACGAAGGUGGUGAUCAGAAGACUGCCUCCAACAAUGACUCAGGAUCAAUUCUUAGAACAAGUCUCUCCAUUACCGGAACAUGACUAUAUGUACUUUGUGAAGGCUGACAUGUCUCUCGGGCAGUUCGCAUUUUCUCGAGCUUAUAUUAAUUUCAUGGAGCAGCAAGACAUUUUCAUGUUUCGAGAGAAGUUUGACAACUACGUCUUCGUAGAUUCUAAAGGAGUGGAAUAUCCCGCAGUAGUGGAAUUUGCGCCUUUUCAAAGAUUACCAAAGAAACGAGCAGGCAAGAAGAAAGAUCUCAAAUGUGGCACCAUCGAGAGUGACUCGUAUUACAUAAGCUUCUUAGAGAAUUUAAAAAAUCAAGAAAUUGAUUCGAGUGUAGCCCAAUCGAAAACCGAAUAUUCUUACCAACCACCAGACAACACAGUGAAGAAGAUCAUGACAACUCCACUGCUCGAAUAUUUGAAACUUCGUAAGCAGGAGAAACAACGUCUUAGGGAUGAGAAACGUGAGGAAAGGCGACGAAGGGAUAUGGAAAGGCGGAGAACCAAAGACGAUCCUGUUAUCUCUAAGGUUUUAAGGAAUCCGGAUCUGGAUAAAGAAUCGAGUAAAGACGAUAAAGAGAAUAAAGAAGAGAGAGAUAAACUUUCACCGAAGGAGCUGAAAAAUAGAAACAAAAAAGACGAUAAAAUAAGAGAAAAACCAAUGCGAGAUCGAGAAAUUAAACCUAUCAUUAAGGGGUAUAGAGAGCGAAUUGACGAUAGAAAUAAGGAAAGAGAGGUUAAACAACGGCGAUACGAUGAGAAAAAGCCUUAUGGAAGACGCGAUGAUAGAGAGGAGAGGAGAAUCGAUCUCCGAGACGACAGGAGGUACGAGAUAAAGGAAGAGUUUAGGGAGUCCAGAGACAGAAAGGUGGAGGAAAGACGUGGGAAAAGUUACGAAAAAAUGAGACAAGAGAAAAAGAAGUUGGCGGAGACGAAAAAACAGAUUGCUGAUGCUAAUGGAGACGAUACAAAUUCGAAGAAAGCCAAGGAGGAACACGAUAUUUUACAGGAAAGGGAAAAUGAAAAUGGCAAAGAGUCUAUCUAUAAUGGAGAUGACUUGAGGCAUGCCAAAGACAACGAAUGUGAGCAACGUAAUACUGCCGAGGAUAGAGUAACGGGGACAGACGCGAUACAAAAUUGCCGGGAUAGUUUGGAAGAAGGAAAGGAUUCAGUCAAUGCAGAUGCUAACGAUGAAGACGAUUCCAAAGAUAAAGAAUCAAAAGUUGUAAAGAGACGUAAUUCCCUUGAAAGUGGUGGCGAAGGCGGCGCAGGUGAUGGCAACUGUUUACGACGUCACAAGUCGUUAGAUGGAGGAGGCCAAAGUAAUCUUCAGAAAAAUGAUAACGAGGAGAAAGAAAAAGACAAGAAAGAUCCACGAUUGGAGCGUAGAAUACGAAAUAAGGAUCGCCCGGCGAUGGAGAUUUAUAGACCUGGUAUGGGCAAGUUUAGCAAACAGCGGCUUGAACGCGAGAAAUCUAGCGACGAACGUGCGUCCCUGUCGCAAAGUCCCACGCCAAACCCCAGCGCUUCCUCUACGACCGGCAAGUCUGGAAAAGUUGGUGCGACGGAAAUAUACAUCGAUGACGCUUUGACUUCUGCAUACAGCAGAUUUGUCAUGUAUAAUUUUCCUUGUACUGUAUAAAACAUAUCGUCAUCUUUGCUGUAUGUAUUAUAAAAUGACUUUAUAUGUGUGUGAUGUGUUAGAUAAACAUUUCACAUAGGCUGAUUAUAUCGGUAUAUUUCACGAGUUUUUCUUCCCCCUUUUUAGACGCAGUUUUAUUACUGUAAUAUUAAAGAAUAAAUAAAUAAAUUACUUUUUUUCACAUUAAAA